AUGUCUGACCGAACGUACGGAGUCCCAUCAGCCGCUGCAAAAACCCCGUCCAUCGUUCCUCGGGCAGUCGUUGAGUGGGUCGAGCGGCAUGGCCUGAAGCCCGAACCCGUAUUCGCCAGCAUCCAUGUAAGUCUUGAAAUACCACGCGUCAGUUGGGUCCAUAUACGGCACAAAAAGCUCAGAGGCGAGGCCCUUGUACAUCACGUUCCUCUUCAGGCCGGUCUCUGGGUCGAGGACUGUGGCCCGGGAGAUGACUACCCCAGCCCUUGGGUCGGGCUUGAGGUGGAAUUCCCAGUUGGCCCAUUUCACGGUGUGGCCAUCCUCCACGGUGAAGCUUGGGCCUUUGGGCUGCUCAAUGGAUAUGGGGUUGACCAGGCGCUGGUGGGAGUUUUGGGCUGUGAAACGGUAGUCGGUGUUGGCGGCUGCCGGUAUUGGUAUUCUAAAUUUCAACUGUUGAUCUUACCAAACCAUCCACUUGAAAUGGGCAAGCAAGCAAGGUCCCCCAAAUCCACGCCGCGUUCCACCACCGUGCGAUUGAAAUCGGCGCUAGCCAGCGGGGCCCACGUCACGGAGCCGGACAAGGUUUUCUCUUCCCGGCGGUUUACUUCGCCAGAACCCAGGUCCACAGUCAGCAAGUACGACGCGCCGCCGGCGCGGGCCACGACGGCGGCCUUCCUCGGAGGUAGCGGGUCUCCAUUCUCCCACGCCAGGACCACCUGCUUGUCCGGCUCCUCGAGGACCACCGAGUGGAGAGCGUGGGCUCUGUUCCCCAAGACGCCGUCUUUUCGUAUGAUUUCACGGACCCUGUUCAGCUCCGUCACGGUAAGGGGAUCCAGGGGGUGGCGGGGCACGUCGGAGGAGUGGAGGCGCGUGGGAUUGGCGGGUUUGCGGUGGCGGAAAGGGGUUUCGGAGUGGAUGCGAUUCUUGGAGGUGCGCCGGCCGGCGCGGUCCAGAGGGUCCGCCUUGUGGGACGGCGGAGAAGUGAGGUUGGAGACGGCGAGGAGUAUGAGAACGGCUGUUAGGAAGAUGAAGAGAAGAUUUUUAGGCUCCAUGUGGAAAAGUGGCUGUGGUGUGGACUGUGGACUGUAG